CGGCGCACCACUGUCUGUCCCGGCGGCAUCCGAAGCGAACCCGAGCCCAGCCGCCCCAGCCGCCCGAGCAGAGCGAGCGACCCCAAUUCCGUCUUAUCUCAAGGGGAUCGAAGGGAGGGCGAAAAUGGAGAACCCACCAACCCAACCAAGUUGCGCCCCGCCUGCCUGAAAUGGAUUCACCAGUCGCAGCCGCGGUCCAUUUCGGCGUCUGGGGGAGUCAACCGCUCGGGUCGUCCACCCACGCCUCCGCCUCCGCCUCCACCUCCACAUCCACCUCCACUCGCGCACUGGCGGCGGCGGCGGUUGCGCAGGCUGACUGCUUCCUUCGGAAGGAAUCCUUCCCCAGGUGCGCUGCGGCGGCUGGCCAGGCUGAUUGGUAGCCGCCCCUCUCCCCGUGCGUGCGUGUAUGCUUGCUAGCCGAGCGAGCGAGCGAACGAAGAGAGCGCCUCACUUCCCGGGCGAACGGCCAGAGUCCUUCCCGAGCGUGACAGCUAGGGUUCCUAGCCGCCGCCGGCCCGCCGCCGCAGCGCGCCCAGCCGCUAGUACAGGAGCUACGCCGGCGACCAGUCAGUAGGCAGGUAGCCAAUGGAUUGCUGCUACUAUUAUUAAUCUGUGCAUAUUUUCUAGCUGGGCAACUUCUCAUAAGGAAGUCAAUUGGUACUACAGUGACAAUAAAGGAAAGAUGGGGCUGAUCGGCAUCAUUAUGACUUUGACAUUUCUGCUCUCGUAUGCAGCGUCUGAUCGCCAAGGUGAUGCAUUAUAUGAUAUGAAGCUGAAGCUGAACGCUACUGGCACACAGCUUACAGACUGGAAUCAAAAUCAAGUUAACCCUUGCACUUGGAAUUCUGUUAUUUGUGACAGUAACAAUAAUGUUGUGCAAGUAACAUUGGCUUCUAUGGGGUUCACUGGAGUUCUGUCGCCAAGAAUUGGAGACCUCGAGCAUUUGAAUGUUCUGUCCUUACCUGGUAACAAGAUUACCGGUACCAUACCAGAGCAGCUUGGGAACCUAUCUAGUUUGACAAGCUUAGAUUUGGAAGAAAAUCUGCUGGUUGGAGAAAUCCCAGCUUCUCUUGGCCAUCUUUCGAAGCUCCAACUCUUGAUACUAAGUCAAAACAGACUAAGUGGAACUGUUCCUGAUACACUGGCAACCAUCUCAAGCUUGACAGACAUUCGGUUGGCCUACAAUAAUCUCUCCGGUCCAAUACCUGCUCAACUAUUUCAAGUUGCACGUUACAACUUUUCUGGCAAUAACUUGACUUGUGGAGCAAACUUCGCUCAUCCUUGUGCAUCAAGUUCGCCUUACCAAGGUUCAUCCCAUGGUUCGAAAAUAGGCAUUGUCCUUGGAACAGUUGGUGGAGUGAUAGGGCUGCUCAUCAUAGGGGCUCUAUUUAUUAUCUGUAAUGGAAGGAGAAAAGGUCAUCUGCGUGAAGUUUUUGUGGAUGUAUCAGGUGAGGAUGACCGAAGAAUUGCAUUUGGGCAGUUGAAAAGGUUUGCAUGGCGAGAAUUACAACUCGCUACUGAUAACUUCAGUGAGAAAAAUGUUCUUGGACAAGGGGGCUUUGGAAAAGUAUAUAAAGGAGCACUUCCAGAUGGCACUAAGAUAGCCGUAAAGCGGUUAACUGAUUAUGAAAGUCCUGGUGGGGAGGCUGCCUUCCUGCGUGAAGUUGAGCUGAUUAGUGUUGCAGUUCACCGGAAUCUUUUAAGAUUGAUUGGGUUCUGUACAACACAAACAGAACGUCUACUUGUUUAUCCUUUCAUGCAGAAUCUUAGCGUAGCCUACCGUUUGCGAGAAUUUAAACCCGGGGAACCAAUAUUAGAUUGGAAUGCAAGGAAACGAGUGGCUAUAGGCACAGCGCGCGGACUGGAGUACCUGCACGAGCACUGCAAUCCUAAGAUCAUACACCGUGAUGUCAAGGCCGCGAAUGUCUUGCUUGAUGAAGGUUUCGAACCAGUUGUCGGCGACUUUGGCUUGGCAAAGUUGGUGGAUGUACAGAAGACAUCUGUGACCACUCAAGUCCGAGGGACUAUGGGUCACAUUGCACCAGAAUAUCUGUCCACAGGGAAGUCAUCUGAGAGAACUGAUGUUUUCGGCUAUGGUAUAAUGCUUCUUGAAGUGGUCACCGGGCAGCGUGCCAUUGACUUUUCACGUCUGGAGGAAGAAGAUGACGUGUUGUUACUUGAUCAUGUGAAGAAGCUGCAAAGAGAGGGGAAUCUAGACGCCAUCGUGGACCGAAACCUGAACAAUAGCUUCGACAGGCAGGAGGUGGAGAUGAUGAUGCAGAUCGCGCUGCUGUGCACUCAGGGGUCGCCUGAGGACCGGCCCUCCAUGUCGGAGGUGGUAAGGAUGCUGGAAGGGGAAGGCCUGGCGGAGCGGUGGGAGGAGUGGCAGCAGGUGGAGGUGACGAGGAGGGAGGACUACGAGCGGAUGCAGCAGCGGUUCGACUGGGGCGAGGACUCCAUCUACAACCAGGACGCCAUCGAACUGUCCGCCGGCAGAUAACCGGCGUCAGACUGCUCGCUGUAGGUAAUAAUGGUCAUAUUCUUCGUAGAAGAACUAGUCGGAGUCUUGUAUAUUGUGAUAUUGUCGUAAGUCAAUGUUGCUGACUGUAUUCGCGCUGCCUCCAUGAAACCUUGGUUUUUGUCGCCGGGGGCGUUGGCUCUGGACUGGGCAGGCGAAAAAAGUAGAUAUGAAUGUGCUGUCGCUGGGGCCUGGGGUGGCUUGAAAUGAAAGUUGAAACAUUUAUAUA